GUGAUUUCGGAUUUUGUGGCCCGGCCCAACGAGUGGCUUGAAGCGAGGAGCAGUAGCCUGAUGACCUUCAUUUAAUGUCCUUCGUUUUAAGAUCGGCUCAAAGUUUCUAAUACAAUACAAAUGAUUUUAAAGUCUGGUCACUUCUGUAGUGAUUGUUGGAAUCGACCCAGUUGCAGACAGGAAGAUCCCGCAUCAGUGAGCGGAUUAGAUAAUUUUAUGGUGUUUGAGGGAAAGAUGUUGGGUUAGGAUCCCGUGGAGAACUAUCUACUUUUGAAAUAGUGCCGUGAGAUCUUUUAUUGAAGGAGAAUAUGGAACUUGGCUUAACAUCAAUUUUAAAGUGAUAAUGAGAUGAUAGCAAUUGCUUGCUGUCAGUCUGCAGAGUAUCAGUGCUGCGAUCUGGAUUGGAGAUCCAAACCAGGAACAUUAUGGCAUCUGACCUCCAACUGAUUGUGCACUUUGCUCUUUGUUCCAGAAUCCUGACCAUUCUUUUCCAGAUGGUGUUUAAUUCUCUGAUACCUGACCACAGAGCAGAUGCCUUUCAAGCACCCCAACUGCACAAUUUGAGUAUCGGCGAUGAGUUGCUGGAGAUCCUGUUAAGUGGUUUUUCAUGCUGGGAUGCACAGCACUUCCUAUUUAUAGCAGAAUUUGGAUACGUUUAUGAGCAUAACUUUGCUUUUCUGCCAUUGUUCCCAGUGAGCCUUCGGGUAGUGGCAGAGACAGUGCUCAGUCCCCUACGGUGCUUUCUAAAUCUCCAUAGUCGAUUGUUGCUUUCAGCAGUUUUACUGAAUGCUGUGAUCUUCAUUCUGUCAGCAGUUGUUCUGUACCAUCUAGGUGGUGUUGUGCUCCGGGAUCGCAGGCUGGCCUUUCUCUCCAGCCUUCUCUUCUGCCUGACCCCAGCCAAUGUCUUCAUGUCUGCAGCUUAUUCUGAAAGCAUGUUCAUGCUGCUGACCUUUGGUGGAAUGCUGAACCUGGAGAAAGGUUGGCUUGUGACCAGUUGCUUUCUGUUUUCUCUGUCUGCAGCAGUCCGCUCCAAUGGCAUUGUAAAUGCAGGAUUUCUGCUUUACUCCCAGCUGAAGCUUUGCUCUUUGUAUGUGAGACACAAGUCAACAGUUAUGGAAAAAGACUUGUACAAAUCAUGGUUGAAUCUGAUCCUUCGGUCUGUGUUGUUAGUGGCUGCAGGAACAAUGAUGAUUGUGCUGCCCUUUGUACUUUUUCAGUAUUAUGGAUACCGGACAUUCUGUAAGCCAACUAUGAAUCCAGCAGUGGACAUUCCUCAGCCUCUGCUGCAGCUUGCUAGGAACAAAGGUUAUCAUGUCCCUGAUAAGGAAAGUGAUCCGCCCAUCUGGUGCCAUCACCAAUACCCCAGCAUAUACUCUUACAUUCAGGACGCAUACUGGAACGUGGGCUUCCUAAGAUAUUACCAACUCCGCCAAUUGCCCAACUUCUUGCUGGCUUUUCCUGUUAUGGCUUUGGGAGUAUGGGCAGCCUGGCAAUAUGUGAUCGUUGAUCCCUGGUAUUGUGUACAGUUGGGUCUGACCCGCAGAAAGCUGUUGGAAAAGACUGAAAAAGAUAGGAAACCACACUCCAGCUUCCAUAUAGACCAAGUGUUUGUCUAUAUCGUUCACGCAACUGUACUGCUGGUAUUUGGCAUUUGUUUCAUGCACAUUCAGGUUCUAACCAGAUUCCUAGCUUCCUCCUCACCCAUCCUGUACUGGUUCUCUGCUCAUCUGCUCCAGAAAGUGGAGCCUGGACGUUUGGCUCAGGAUUCUGCUACCUCAAUUUACCGCAACAAGUUUGGGAUCUUUCCCAGAAACCAGCUCACUACCUUGCUGCAGGACUGGAAUGGCUGCAGUCUAACUGCACGCUGCAUUCUUGGAUAUUUUGUGCUAUACUGGUUACUUGGACUCGCCUUACAUUGUAACUUUCUCCCAUGGACGUGAUCACAAGGGAUGUUGCCUCAACAUUAUCUGGUUCUUUCCACUUGUUGGUCUGCUUUAUUUCUGGAAUAGAUCUCUCUUUAUUCUCUUCAAUGUUAACCAUGCUUUCCUGGUAUGGGGUGUACUGUUGUGAGGAUUGAGAUCCAGCCGAAUAAAAGAAUAUUAGAAA